CCAUUUUCAGCCACAAGCUGCCAGCUUAGCCAACUUGGCGCCGGGACCCUGUGGGUCACCCCGGUCACCCCCCACCCAAAAAGCUGUGCAAUGGUUGAGUUUACCUUCGAGCAAAUUGGCGGUCGUUGCAAACUCGUCACCGGACCAGCCAUGGUUCGAUGUUCGGAGGAGGAGAUGGAGGCAUGGAGGGCCAUUCGCGAAGCUAAAGCCACAGAGGAGCAGUUGAAAGAGGCAAAGCGACAGCACCGUUUGCAGAAGGAGAAGAAUAAGGUGCGAGACUUUUUGGCCAAAAAUCACUUCGACGCCGAGGAUGUGAAUGCUCCCAAAGUUAGCAUGUGUGGCAUGAUGCGAUCCUACCCACUCCACCAGGCCGCGAAAGAGCGCGAUUGGGCAAUUAUCAACCUUCUUCUGAAGU